GCCCGCUGGCCAUCAACAAGACAAAUAUCGUCGCCCAAGUCUGAGAUCGUUGUCUCUAGCGGAUAAGCAUGAUCGGAUCUGAAUCAGAGAUCCUACAAGAUAUUGAAAUACUAUCGAUCGAGAUCACAACAAAGACACACCCGACCCAGGCUGUUUGACGGUCCAGACCGAUCGACGCAACCGCAACCGACAUCUCAUCUAACCAGCAAGUCCAGCCGCGACUGUUUCCACCCUGCCAGCGGCAGGAACCCGACAUCCUCAACAUUGACCGCCACGACCUCACAUCCCCCCCCCCCCACUCGAACCGCUAUCCACAUCGCAGCCCGAAUCCUCAGGACCAUGGCUUCGACCACAGCGGCAGUGGACACGCCCGCGCCAUUCGACCUCACAACCCUGGAGACCAAAUACCGCAUAAACGCUUACAACGUGCAUUCUUCCACGGCAAUCUCCUCACGCACAGCCACGGUCCUGAAUGCACUCUUUCCGGGCUCCGAUGCAGGGACACUAUCAGCGUCGUCUGGCCAGGCUGCGUCCCGCGACCGGAACCAGGGUAGCGGACAAGAAUCGAGCGGGCCUGCGUCCCUGAACGCCACUCAUGCUGUGGACGACUCCACUUCGUCAGUGAUCCAGAGCGGUCCCAUCGCGCCUCCCACCUCGGACGCCCUUCCGUCGCUGGUCGUGCUGACGGCACAGGCCAAGGCGGCAAACAAACUCAUCAGCAUCGUGGAAAUCGUCAAGCGCGAGGCACGCAAAGCGGAUCCUGGUCGGAAAGUGUUCCAGUACAGCGAAUUGACGGCGAAGAUGAUGGAGAUUCCUCGAAAUCCGCGUCCGGGAGCUACUGGGCACACCGCUUCGGCUCCUCGACCUCGAGGACAUGGAGAUGAUGCGGUAGGUCAUGACGGUGGAACUCAUGAUGGAGAUGAGAAGGAGCCGGCUUUUCAAACGAUGCCGGAGCCGGGUCCGACGACGAAGUUACGCCAGAUUCCAGUGAUGACGAUUUACCUUGCUACGACGUCGGUCAGGGAAUUGAAGUUAGCGUUUGGUGAACAAACUUGAAAACGUCGAGCGGAGCGGAAUUUUUGGAAAACAUUAAUUCUCAUAUCUCGUUCUGCAGCUGCGGCUCUGCUGCGUUCAUACACAUUCAUGAUCGUAUCGAAGCGAGUCCCGU